AUGGCCUCGCGAGCCUCCACGCCGCUGCGCAUAGCAGCGCAGCACCUCAGACUGGCCCACCGGUCCCCGAGGACCUUCGCGUCCGCCGCCACCCCGAAGACGAGCACAUACAGCAAGACGCUGCCCUCGUCACGGACGGCCGCCACAGCGACCGCCUCCAAACCCUCGCCGACCAAGCCGGCGGCGGCGUCGCCCGCCGCUCCGGCCAAGAAGACGCUGGUCAGGAAGAUCGAGCCGGCGGGCCACCACGUGCCCAACCCGGCCGCCGAGGCGCCGGCGCCGGGCCAGGCCACGCACCGCCGCAUCCCGCAGGUCUCGGGGAAGCCGCUGCCGGACGCGCCGCCGACGCAGAACGACGCCGGCAGCCCCAUCGACUGGGCCUCGUCCUUCCACGGCCUCGGCACCAGCACCUUCGACCCCGAGGUCGCCAGCCUGCUGCAGGCCCCGCUCGAGGCCGACGACAUCGAGGUCAAGCCCGAUGGCAUCCUGUACCUGCCCGAGAUCAAGUACCGGCGCGUGCUGAACGCGGCCUUCGGGCCCGGCGGCUGGGGCCUCGCGCCCAGGGGCGAACUGGUUGUGACGGAGCGCAUAGUGUAUCGGGACUAUGCCCUGGUUGCACAUGGCCGGUUUGUCGGCCAGGCGCGCGGCGAGAUGCAGUACUUCAGCGAUGACGGCAUCUCGACGGCGGCCGAGGGUUGCAAGUCGAACGCGCUGAUGCGCUGCUGCAAGGACCUGGGCAUCGCCUCGGAGCUGUGGGACCCGCGCUUCAUCCGCAAGUUCAUGAGGGAGCACGCCCACCAGGUCUGGGUCGAGCACGCCACCUCCAAGAAGAGGAAGCAGAUCUGGCUGCGCAAGGACGACGAGAUACGGUACCCCUACAAGAAGACGACCCUAUAA